AUGUCAACAUCUUCAUCCGAUGGUCUAGACGAAAGAAUAGACGAACUUGUUGAUGAAAUAGUUGAAGAUUACUACAACGACAUAGUGGAGGACCAACCCGAUGAUGAGGCGAACCGUGCUUAUAUUGAACGAGACCGUGAAGGAGGAGAUGAUCAGUUAUGGAAUGACUACUUCAGUGAAGACCCGACAUACUCGGCACAAAUAUUUAGAAGACGUUUCCGCAUGAACAAGAAUUUAUUCCUGCGUAUUGUCAGAGCCCUCAAGCAGAACUUUAUAUUCUUUCAGCAGAGAAAAGAUGCAACCGGGAGGUGGGGUCUAUCAUCACUUCAAAAGUGUACGGCGGCUAUUCGUCUGCUUGCUUAUGGUACAGCGGCUGACUCGGUUGACGAAUAUCUCCGACUUGCGGACACUACAGCACACUCUUGUUUACAUCAUUUCACUGACGCAGUUAUACACUUAUUUGGUAAUGAGUAUCUACGACGACCCACAAAGGAGGAUCUUCAACGACUACUCUAUAUUGGAGAGCAACGCGGUUUUCCAGGGAUGGUCGGGAGCAUUGACUGUAUGCAUUGGGAGUGGAAAAACUGCCCAACCGCUUGGAAAGGACAAUACACACGUGGAUCCGGAAAACCGACGAUUGUUUUAGAGGCUGUAGCUUCACAAGAUCUUUGGAUAUGGCAUGCUUUCUUCGGUCUUCCAGGUACCUUAAACGAUAUUAAUGUCCUCGAUCGGUCUCCUGUUUUUGACGAUAUCUUAGAAGGUCGAGCUCCGAGGGUAAGGUACAUGGUCAACGGACACAUGUAUAAGUUGGCAUACUAUCUCACGGACGGUAUAUAUCCAAAGUGGUCAACAUUUAUCCAAUCUAUCACACUCCCUCAAUGUCCCAAACAAGCGUCAUUUGCUAAAUGGCAAGAAGCAGCCCGAAAAGAUGUCGAGCGGGCAUUUGGAGUAUUGCAAGCUCGGUUUGCGAUAGUGAAAAACCCGGUUCGUACAUUGGACAGAGAGAAGAUAGGGAAGAUUAUGAGAGCAUGUAUCAUACUACACAAUAUGAUAGUUGAAGAUGAACGAGAUGGUUAUACAAACCGGGUUAAUAUUUCAGAUUUUCAAGAAGGAGAAUCUUCCAGAACCUCGGAGGUCCUAAACGAAAUUCCUACAUUGUUCAAUGAUACAUUUCCCGACCGCAAUGAUCUUCGUGAUAGGCAAACUCAUGAUCGAUUGAAGAAUGAUUUGAUCGAAAACAUUUGGAAUAAAUUUGGUAAUCAAGAUUAAUAAUUAGUUCUCUUUGGAAUAUUAUUAAAUCAUUGUAUCUUUUUUUUUUAAUAAUGCAAUUAAUAAAAUUUCAAUUUUAAUUUUUUUUUUAAAUAUUAUUUUAUUUCUAAGGACUCAUUCUUCAGGAUCACCAUUGGACGAGUAUUUUAGAUCCGAAUCCUUAACUAAUGAAAAAAAAAAAUUAUAUGCUUAAAAUAUUGUUAAGGACUCAAGUGGGAGUAUCACCAUUGGACAUGGUCUAAAGUUCAUAUGCUAAAUUUUCUUAUGAAUAUAAAUAUUC